AUGGCGUCUAAUACAUCGAGAAUCGUUGAUUUGGAGACACAAAUGGCGGAUGUUCAGCUCAAGAUGGCUUCUCAACACCAAGAGCUGAAGGACGCCAUUGCUGCGAUGGCUGCUUCGACGAAGGACCACAUCGACGCCAUGGCCGCAUCCUUCAGUCGGAGUCGCGACAAAUCACCGAUUCAAUCUCCUCCUUCGCAGUCUCAUUUCGGCGAUCAUCAACAAUUUCGCGGGUCGCAGAGUCGGUCGACGAUUCUGGAUCACUAUCCUCGUUUAGAGUUCUCUCAUUUUUCGGGCGUCGAUCCUCAUGCUUGGCUUAGCAAAUGUUCCAAGCUCUUUCUUCUCUAUUCGAUUCCGGAAGAGCAGAAGGUUGAGCUGGUUUCUUACUACCUGGAAGGGCGGGCUCAUACUUGGUUCGAAGGCUGGUCUUUCCGUCGCUUUCCUCUGAUUUGGGGGCAAUUCGUCGACGAAUUGCUUCGCCGGUUUGGGAAUCAAGAACAGUUGAACGUCGUAGCUGCCUUCGAUCAACUUCGGCAGAAAGGUUCAGUCUCCACCUAUCAAGAAGAAUUCGACGAACUUCGUUCUCGAAUGCUUCGAAUGAAUCCAGAUUUGAAGGAGCACUACUUCAUUCUUAGUUUCUUGGGCGGGCUCAAUGACGAAAUUCAGCCUCGUGUUCAGGUCCUCAAUCCACCAACCUUGGCUUGUGCAUUCUAUCAAGCUCUUCUCGAGGAAUCUGCUAUUGAAGCGCGGAAACGCAAGCUCUGUUCUGCUCCUGUGUCUCGCUGA